AUGCGUGUCCUGGCUGCUGUUCUCUUGGUGUCGGCGACUUUUCAGAUUGCAUCCGCGUACAGCUGCACAUGGAGAGGCGUUGAGUGUAUAGACUACGAAAUCCUGUCAAAUGAAGCCGAAUACGAAGAGCGUCAAUAUCCCGAGACCAUGUGGAUCAGCGUGACGACGCAGGCCACGUCUCUCUACGACGCCAAGAGGAGGAGCUUCCGCAAGCUCAUAUACUACAUCCAGGCCUUCAACGACCAAAACGUGACGGUGGACCUGACGACGCCUCACCGCACCCGGGUGUCUCGCGUGAUGAGCAGUCGGAGCCUGUCCAACUACACGAUGGCCUUCCCGCUGCCCAACAACCUGUACGGCAACCCUCCCAGGGCGCUCGACAAGGAGGUCUUCAUCCAAAUCGAGCCUCCCAGGAAGUACAUCGUCAAGGUGUUCGGCGGAACGCCCACCGAGCAGGACUGGCUUCGUCAGGCGGAGGGCUUCAUCCAGAAGAUGCGGAAGGACAGCAGGGUGCUGACCGACCACUACUACGUGGCCCGCUACGACCUGGUCUUCUGGGUACUCGAGCGCCGGAACGAGAUAUGGCUGGUGAAGAAAUGA